AUGGUCGUCGAGAAGACUUCUGCCAGAUCAAAUCGUCGAGAGGAGAGAGAAUUUUCUCGAGAAAGUGAGAAAAUAGUCCUUCGAUUUGUGUUUUUGCUUCCGAAGCAACCCGUGCAAUGGCUGCAGCCCCCCCGCUCUUCGCUUCCUUCAAAUACGCCGAUAGCCUCACCGUCGUUGGCAUCUCCUUCUGCACUGCCGUUGUGUGCGAAGCAAUCUCAUGGGUUUUAAUCUAUCGCACGAGCUCAUACAAAUCCCUGAAAUCCUCCAUUGACAAGGCCGCGAAGAAGCUCGAGACCAUGAAGACGGAGAAUCCAUCCACCAAGCUCACGAUCAAGAAGUCGAAGACGAAGAAGAUCGAUCGCGUCGAGACCAGCCUGAAGGAAUCGAGCCGCGAUCUCUCCCUCUUCAAGAUCAAAUCCGGCGCCGUCGUAGCUCUGGUUCUCUUCGUUGUUUUUGGUUUGUUGAACUCGCUCUUCGAGGGGAAAGUCGUCGCGAAGCUCCCGUUCCAUCCGAUCACCAUCGUGAGGAAGAUGAGCCACAGGGGACUGAAGGGCGACGAUGCAACGGAUUGCUCCAUGGCGUUUCUUUAUCUUCUGUGUUCAAUCAGCAUCAGGACAAAUCUGCAGAAGUUUCUAGGGUUUUCUCCGCCGAGGGGAUCUGCUCCAGGUGGUGGAUUGUUCCCCAUGCCGGAUCCGAAGACGAAUUGAUCAAUCUGAUCUCUGAGUUUGUGCAGUUUUACUUCAAAAGACACUACGUGAUUUGGAUUUAUAUCUCUCUUCAUGGUGGUCUGAUUUCAGUGUUGAAGCUGGUACUUGACAACAUACGCGUACUUCUGAAGUCAUCAGGUUACGAUUGUGUUCUUUAUAUUGAACUUCUAAUCAUCACAAUACUUAAAAGUCUUCUGAUUGCUUUUUAUGGACAUAUAGAUCAUCCAACAUAAGAUACUUUAAUGUAAGAAAUCAAUGAAAAGGAUAAUAUGGCGACUUCAAAA